GGGCGGAGCUAAUGUUAGGAACUGUCACGUGGUUUAUGCCUAGGACGCAUACUGUGACUAUUAUUAAGCUUUGAGGAAGGAUAGAUUCUAAAACAAGAAUACUUGCUUCCAUCAGACAAUGAAAACUCUGUUGGUGUUUGACUUUGACCACACAGUGAUAGAUGAUAAUAGUGACACCUGGGUUGUUAAGUGCCCUCCUGAGCAGGAUUUACCAGACUGGCUCAAAAACACCUAUCAGAAAGGGCACUGGGCUGAGUAUAUUGGAAGGGUUCUCUGUUAUAAAGGAGAUCAAGGAAUCAGAGAAGAUGCAAUAAGAACUGUUAUGGAAUCUUUGCCUCAUACAGCUGGGAUGAUUGAUCUUUUGAAGUUCAUCUGGCAAAACAAAGAAAGAGUGGACUGCAUAAUAAUUUCAGACUCCAGCACAGUUUUCAUUGACUGGAUUUUACAGGCGGCUGAUACUCAGUGUGCAGUCGACACGGUUUUUACAAAUCCUGCACAUUUUGAUGACCGAGGUUACCUCGAUGUCCAGCACUUACAUUCUCAUUCCUGUGCACAAUGCCCUGUUAAUCUUUGCAAAAGAAAAGUACUGGAAGACUUUUUAGAGAGCCAGUAAAUGGCGGGUGUGCAAUAUCAACAAACCGUUUACAUUGGUGAUGGAGGGAAUGACCUUUGCCCCAUUAAAAGCUUAAAGAAAUCUGUUGUUGCUAUGCCCAGAAAGGGGUAUUCGUUGGAAAGGCUGAUUUCUAAGUUAAAUGCAGCUGAUUCAAGACGCCUUGACUCUCGUGUUCUAGGCUGGUCAUCAGGUCUAGAUAUCCUCAAUGAGAUGAAUUCACUAAUGAAACAGUCAUGUUUGUAGUGCAUUUGUGAUAUUUGUCCUGUUUACAAAGCUUUAACUCAUGGGCCUUCCAUUUAUUUUUUUAUUUUUUCAGAUAAAGUUAUAAAGAGCAAACUUUAUCUAGACAGUUGUUAGAAGCCCAUAACGUCCUACAACAGUUUAAUGAAUACUAAGCUGUAUUUUAUUCAUAAAUCAGUCCACAUUUUUAGACCAUAGUAAUUCUGGGUUAUUAGCGUAUGCAUGAAAAUAUAUUUUUAUUUUUAACAUUAAGUCUUGUCUACUUAAGAAUGUGUUCAGUAAACAAAUUCGAUUUUUCUUUCCACGUAACUCGCAAUCCCCAGGAAGCCAUGGAUACAGUAUCUGCAGUAGUCAUUGGGAUUUGCUGUAGUAAUUGGGAUCUGUAUGUAUUCACUCACUAUUGAGAUUUUUAACUGUGUAAAAUCCACAUCCAUAUAUCUCUUUCACCCUUUCAAACUUUUCUAGCAAAUUAGCACAAAUGUAAUUGAAUUGUACCAAACAAGAGAUGACUCUUUUGAGAAACAAAAAAUAACAAUCAUAAUGAUAGUGAUAUUUUGUAUUUUACUUGAAGAAUGUGUUUAAGCCUUGUGUCUUGUUUAUUAAAUGCUUGAAUGCACCUGUUUAUAAUUGACAUGUAAAACAAAUACAAAUGCU